UCCCAGCUGACCAGAAAAUGCGAUAUAAUCGCGCUACGAACACGGGGUAUUCAGAAGGGCACGAUGGCUUUUCUUCUAUUCUGCUUCGUGGCUCUUGUCGGGGCUUCCCUCGUUAACUCAGAUUGCAAUGACCGUGCAUCAAACUGUGCGUCGCUCAAGAAAUAUUGCAAUCUUCUUCCAUCCAUAAAGAACAAAUGGUGUAAAAAGACUUGUAAUACAUGUGGUGCACCAUCUACACCAGCUCCACCUCCACCACCCCCUCCACCGUCAAGUGGACCCCCCCUGCCUCCAUCUAAUGGAAAGUGUGGCCGUAAACCAGCCGGCGCCCGUAUCAUCAAUGGUCAGAACGCUCAGCCUCACUCGUGGCCGUGGCAGAUCUCCCUCAGGGGUAGAUCUGGCUUCCACACUUGUGGGGGAUCCCUGAUCAGUGACCGAUGGGUCGUCACCGCUGCCCACUGCAUUCACAGGAACAAGAACCCCGGGGGGUACACCGUCGUUGUCGGUGCCCACAAGAAGAGAGGAAGCACUAGUGUUCAGCAAAGUCUAAGACUGUCUCAGAUUAUCGAGCAUCCUAAGUACAACGAUAGGAGGAUCGUCAAUGACAUCGCGCUGAUUGAGCUGGCGACUCCUGUGCAGUUUGACAGCGCGGGAAAAGUCGGCACUGUUUGCUUGACGGACCAGCGACCAGCACCAGGAAAAAGAUGCUACAUCACUGGUUGGGGUGCCAUUAAUGGCCACACCCAGCAAUCUCCCGAUAUCCUCCAGCAGGCCAUGUUACCGAUAGCGUCUCACGAGAACUGCAGAAGAAAGUACGGCGACGUGUCGUCCACGGCUCAUCUAUGCGCAGGGGAGGCGAGAUCUGACGCGGCAGGGGGGUGCAACGGCGACAGUGGGGGUCCCCUGGUAUGCGAGGAUAAUGGCAGCUGGUUCUUGCACGGAGCGGUCAGUUAUGGGUUGAGGAAUUGUCCCACGACUCAUUACACCGUGUUCGCACGUGUUGCCAGCUAUACAGACUGGAUCAAGAGGAUGACGGGUGUUGGAACAAGCGGAGGAGGCGGUGUCAACCCUCCCCCUCCCCCAACUAACAAUCCCCCUUCACCACCACCCCCAACGAACAACCCUCCCCCACCACCACCCCCAACGAACAAGCCUCCCCCACCACCACCCCCAACAAAUGGCCCUCCACCACCACCACCCCCAACAAAUGGCCCUCCACCACCACCACCCCCAACAAAUGGCCCUCCACCACCACCACCCCCAACGAAUGGCCCUCCACCACCACCACCCCCAACGAAUGGCCCUCCAUCUGAAGGAAAGUGUGGCCGUAAACCAGCCGGCGCCCGUAUCAUCAAUGGUCAGAACGCUCAGCCUCACUCGUGGCCGUGGCAGAUCUCCCUCAGAGGUAGAUCUGGCUUCCACACUUGUGGGGGAUCCCUGAUCAGUGACCGAUGGGUCGUCACCGCUGCCCACUGCAUUCACAGGAACAAGAACCCCGGGGGGUACACCGUCGUUGUCGGUGCCCACAAGAAGAGAGGAAGCACUAGUGUUCAGCAAAGUCUAAGACUGUCUCAGAUUAUCGAGCAUCCUAAGUACAACGAUAGAAGGAUCGUCAAUGACAUCGCCCUGUUAGAGCUGGCGACUCCUGUGCAGUUUGACAGCGCAGGAAAAGUCGGCACUGUUUGCUUGACGGACCAGCGACCAGCCCCAGGAAAACGAUGCUACAUCACAGGUUGGGGUGCCAUUAAUGGCGACACCCAGCAAUCCCCCGACAUCCUCCAGCAGGCCAUGUUACCGAUCGCGUCUCACGAGAACUGCAGAAGAAAGUACGGCGACGUGUCGUCCACGGCUCAUCUGUGCGCAGGGGAGGCAAGAUCUGACGCGGCAGGGGGGUGCAACGGCGACAGUGGGGGUCCCCUGGUAUGCGAGGAUAAUGGCAGCUGGUUCUUGCACGGAGCGGUCAGCUACGGGUUGAGGAAUUGUCCCACGACUCAUUACACCGUGUUCGCACGUGUUGCCAGCUAUACAGACUGGAUCAAGAGAAUGACGGGUGUAGAAACGAGCGGCGGAGGUGGUGUCAAUCCUCCCCAACCUCCUCCCCCCACAGGCAACCCACCUCCACCACCACCCCCCACAAACCCUCCUCCACCCCCUGCAGACUGCAAGAACGAAGCCAGCAACUGUGCAGAAUUCGUCAAGCACUGCAAUGCGUCAUCUAUUAAAAACAAGUGGUGUAGAAAGACCUGCAAAGCAUGUUGAUGACGAAGACGUUGUUGCAGUAUAGCAAGAUGUGUAGAAAAUAAAAAAAGCAUUAAAAGAAGAAUUUAUCCCUA